AUGGCCUUCAUAACGCCUCCCAAUCUCAGCACCCUUUACAACGCAAGCCUCUUCCCGGUUCCGAAGCCUGCAACGGAAAAUGAACAAUCAGCCACAAAACGGAAGAUCAUCGAUCCGUUCGAUCCUGAAGCAAGCGUCCCACUGCCAUACCAAUUAGACGAACUGCCCUACAGUACCUCCGUAUGGAAGCGUAACGAACGUGAACGUUAUCGUGUGCGUUGCGUCAACAAUGGCUAUGAGGCGUUACGCAGACAUCUGCCGGUAUCUGACACGGAAAAACGCAUAUCUAAGGUCGAUACUUUGCGUCUGGCUAUACGCUACAUAAAGCAUCUUGAAGCAGUGCUUAAAAGCGAGGACCACCUUUACAAAUGUCACUGCUUCAAUGGAUUUGCUGAGGAAUCGGAAGGACACGUGCAAAUCGACGUCAACGUACGAAAUGUGAACCAGCGAAGUAAUGAAAAUGUGCUCAAAUAUCCAUAAGUGAUGGGCGAAUAUUGGCUGUUUGCUACAAUUGUGAUUUUUUCUUGCUAGUCAUUUCUCUAUCUAGUGUCAAC